GUACAUAAGAUUUAUGAGUUGGAGAACAGGUGUAUUAUUGCCUUCCAACUCGUUCCACGUUCUCAUUCUCCAAUUCGCUUUCUCAACCUCAAGUCCACAACACUAUUGGUAUUUCGCCAAAGACCAUCCAUGCGUGUCUCUUUCGCCCUACUUUUAGCUACUACCCUUCUGGCCAACGGAGAGACCGCGACCACGAGCUCCGAGACCAUGCAGCUCACUGAUGCGGUGCACUCGGUGGGAGUUAUCGAAGCUCGCGACGGUCGCCGCUUUCUUCGACUUGCAAACCCGAUCAAAAACGACGAUGUUGAAGAAAGAGCAUGGGCAACGAUUAAGGGGAUUUCACGCACGAAGGCGGAAGCAGUGGAAAACUGGCUGACACCCCGGCUUCAAUCGAGAUGGACCCCGGAGAAGCUCGCUAAAAGCGAUCUGGACAUAGUUGCGAAAGAAACAGCAACGGAACAUGAGAACUGGAACGCUCUAGUGAAGUACGUGAAGAUGCUUGUUUUCGAUGUCACCAAGCAAAAGAUAUCGAAGAAGGAAGCUAAGGACCUUAUACUGACCAAGAUUCUAACUCAAGCAAACGGGUUUUAAUACCUUGAGGCAUUUCGUAACAAAAAAGUGAGAUCUAGUGAACUGAAGCGACAAUCAGAUAAGCAUUACUCUUUUUCCAGCUCUCAAUUACAUCGGGUAUUUUACUUAUACUUCGAGUACUCGCGAGAAAAAAAGCACCAGUGGAGCUCAUCCAAAAUCUAUAAAGAUGUGGAGUGCUAGGUUGUCUGAGACUUACACUGUGAAUGCAAGUCCAUACUAUGCGAUGAAAUUAUGAUUCAGAUCGUGCCCGUACCAUUCUCCAACCGAAAUUGGUGUAGGUCAGUUUGUGGUUACGUCAAAAUUCGGGAGAAAGUUUUGCAGUGAUCUAUUUUUACCACCCACCCGACUAACUAUAGUCUAAACGCAGCACAUGAACGUCGAUAUUCGCGAUGUAAUGGGCGUGAUUAAUUCACUCAACUAUCCACGUCAUGAGCAAAAGUAUGUUUGGAAUAUGUCAAUUUCAAACAUUUUCUUUCUCCUUCUUUAUUUAGUAAACUCAUUUUUUUAGCUACAUUAAAACACCUUCUCUGACUUCGAAUAGAGCAAAAUUCGACAGGAGUCGUGUAACCCCGUCGUAAUUUUCUCAACUUGAGCUAAAAUACUAUUUUUUAAAAAUUAACUCC